AGAGUGUUAGAGUGCGCAUCACUUUCCAUUCACUGCUGCUUGUCUGCUUUUGUGCACGCAUUUCUCUGCUUCCACAGAAUCAGAUGCUACUAUGGGAACUUCUGUGCUGUGGGGUACAGGGCACGAACAAAGAGAGCUGAAUGCUGGCUGAAGGACAUGCUGGAGGAAAAAAAAGUCUUGCGCUGCUGAUGCUGCUUCUUAAAUGUACAAAUGAAACACUGCAAUGUCCAUGAAGUGCAAAUCACCUAGAAGAAGCUUAACCCUUUGCUGCAAGCAGUGAUGUUUUGUAUUUUUCUUUAUGGGUAUGCCUGUCAGGACAUUCGAGGAGUAAUGUUCCAAGAACUGUUUGCCUCUCGAGGGAGCCAGUUUGUAUUCCUGGGUGUCAGCAAGCACUGAUUUCCUAUGGUGGCACCGACACAGCCUGGCAUACUUGUGGCAUAGUGAACAAAAACUGAAAAAGCUAAGGACAGCCCUACAAAAGUCAAAGGAUGGGUUUCAAUGCAAUUAGGUUACUAAGCAGAUCAGCUGCAGUGCUAGUGAUAGUUCCUACUGUACUACUGACAGUGCUUUCCUCUGCUGAACGUGGAUGCCCCAAGGGCUGUAGGUGUGAAGGCAAAAUGAUCUACUGUGAAUCGCAAAAGCUGCAAGAAAUUCCCCAAGGCAUUUCUGGAGGUUGCUUGGGCCUCUCGCUGCGUUACAACAGCCUGCAAAAACUAAAAUUCAAUCAGUUUAAAGGACUGAAUCAGCUCACUUGGCUUUAUCUAGACCAUAACCACAUCAGCAAUAUUGAUGAAGAUGCCUUCAAUGGGAUACACAGAUUGAAGGAGCUCAUCCUGAGCUCCAACAAAAUCACUCGCUUGCUAAAUAACACGUUCCGACCAGUGACUAACAUACGUAAUUUGGAUAUAUCCUAUAAUCAGUUGACUUCUUUGGGCUCGGAGCAGUUCAGAGGCUUAAGGAAACUCCAGAGCUUGCACCUGCGAUCCAACUCUCUCCGAAACAUCCCUGUAAGGAUUUUCCAGGAUUGUCGCAACCUGGAGUUUUUGGACAUGGGCUACAACCGGAUAAGAAGUUUAGCACGGAAUGUAUUCGCAGGCUUGAUCCGACUAAAGGAGCUCCAUCUGGAACAUAAUCAGUUUUCCAAGCUAAAUCUCGCUCUGUUUCCCCGUCUGGUCAGUCUACAGUUUCUCUACCUGCAGUGGAAUAAGAUCAGUGUCAUCGGUCAAACUAUGUCCUGGACAUGGAGCUCCUUACAAAAGCUUGACCUGUCUGGCAAUGAAAUCGAAGCUUUCAGUGGACCGAGUGUUUUCCAAUGUGUGCCUAACCUCCAGACCCUCAACCUGGAUUCCAACAAGCUAACGUUUAUUGGACAGGAGAUUCUGGAUUCCUGGAUUUCCCUCAACACCAUAAGCCUCACAGGGAAUAUAUGGGAAUGUAGCCAAAACAUUUGCUCAUUGGUAAACUGGUUAAAAAGUUUCCGUGGUUGGAGGGAUAAUAAUGUCAUCUGUGCCAGCCCAAAGGACCUGCAAGGGGUGAAUGUGAUGCAGGCAGUCAGAAAUUACAGCAUUUGUGGUAAAAGUACUUUUGAAAAAUUGGAUACAAAAGACCUGGUCAGGCCCACAUAUAAACCCAAACCCACUAGGCCGAAACAGGAAAGCAAGCAGCAGGUUCCUUUUAUGCCUACAACUAGUGUACCUGAUUCCAGUUCUGAUGCUGACCACGAAACAGAGCAUAUCUCUUUUCAUAAAAUCAUUGCAGGGAGUGUCGCACUUUUCCUUUCAGUGCUUGUGAUCCUGCUUGUGAUUUAUGUGUCUUGGAAGCGUUAUCCUGCCAGUAUGAAGCAACUGCAGCAGCGGUCUCUGAUGCAAAGACGCAGGAAAAAGAAACGGCAAUCGCUGAAGCAAAUGACUCCCACCACACAGGAAUAUUAUGUUGAUUAUAAGCCAACAAACACUGAAACGAGUGAGAUGCUGCUGAAUGGAACAGGACCCUGCACAUUUACCAAAUCUGGCUCCAGGGAAUGUGAGAUACCAUUGUCGAUGAAUGUCUCAUCUUUUCUCACCUUCGACCAGCCAACAAUAAGCUACUGUGGCAUACACCAAGAGACUAUGGACAAACACAGAGAAAGAGACAUAGAACUGAGCACAAUAACAACUAUAACACGCCCCAGUGAGCAUAUGUAGUACACAGCUCUGGUCUUACUCAUGGCAGGCAAACCAAUGCUGGAUUCAUGGACUAAAUGAUGGGGAAUUCUACAUCAGUGUGAAAUGAAAGGACAAGCAAACUGCCCAGUGCUCUGCAGUUGGGCAGUUUGCUCUGCAUGAAUGCUCUACAGUUCACGAGACAAAUGCCAUGCAAGGGCCAGCACUUUGAAGUAACCUGGAUUCUUCACAAGUCGAUGUUUUUCUUACCGUACAGAAGUCCAGCUGUGCAGUCUUUUUUUUUUUUUAAAGAGGAUCUAAGAAUAAAUCAUUUUUUCAAAACUUCCAUUAACCUACCUGUAUGUAAAAAUUCUGUAAAAUAUUAUUGUAUUUUUCAUAAUGGAUACAGUUUAAAACAAAACAAACAAACAAAAAAAAGCAAUCAGUUAAGUUUAUCACUUAUUAUUUUAAUUUGUAUAAUUGAUUAAUUGUGUUUUUUCACAUUCUAAUCUGUAACAUUUGUGUUUCUUAUAAAGCAUAUGUUUUGAUUUUAAAUUUAAGUUACUAUUUUGCAUUUCUUGUGUUCGAUUACUACCAGGGUUUUGUGAUGUACUGAAAAUGCUUGAUUUUUUAUUUUAGUAAUAUAAUGCAACCUCAAAAACUAUUUUCUAAAUGUAUUCAUGUUAAAGUACAUUAAACCAAAAAUGAUUGGUAAGUCGCUGCCUUGGCUACAAAAUGCAGUGUGUUACAUAAAAAAAAAUAUUCCCUCUGAAAUUAAUACCUUUUUUUUGUUUUUAAAUAAACUAUCAUUUCAUUUAUGUUUCUAUGGUGGUUUAACGCACCACAGUUGAGCAACCAUAGUGGUCUUCCCAUAGACAAGAACCAUGAUAUUACACUGUCUUGUGCAGUAUCUCAUAAUCAUGUUCAGUUACAGAAUUACAUUUCUUUGGUGUCUGUUUACUACAUUACAACACAGCAUCUGAAUGGUUCUGUAGUAUAUGUAAGUCAUGUCUGGUUAAUUGGUUAAUUAUUCUUUGAGCAAAUACAUAAGGGUAAAUGAGUUGCAGAACUUGCUGCAAGAACUACUUCUGUAUGUAGAGGCAUUCCAAACACUCACGUUGGUGUUUCAGUUGAAAAUUAUUAUUAUUAUUAUUAUUAUUAUUAUUAUUAUUAUUAUUAUUAUUAUUAUUAUUAUUAUUUAUUUAUUUAUUUAUUUCUUAGCUGACGCCCUUAUCCAGGGCGACUUACAAUUGUUACAAGAUACCAGAUAAAAUGUUCAUUUGUUUUUAACAUUCUGUGAUACUGGUCAAAACCAUUUUUUCUCACAAAGCAAUGGAAUGAUGUUUUUGUAAAUUCAGCCACAGCAAGACAUAUUCUCUGGUUGUGUUCUGUGUUCUAGUAUGUUUGUAUUGUUAGAUUUGUUAUAUGACCCAUCCCUGGUGCAAGCUCUCUUUGACAAAAAUAACACAUUAAGGUAAGUAUUCUGAUUUUAGCAGCUUAGCUGGAAGGAAAACACACGUAAGCAACAGAUUUUCCAAAACUAAUUAAAAAAAGCACACAAAAAAUGUAAUUAAUGUAUGGCUUUUUGACAUUUUUUUCUUUUUUUUUUUUUUACAAAAUUAAGAAUUGUUUUAAAUUGACCUGCAAUGUAAUUCUGAAGAAUA